GACCUUAGCUUGCUAAAAAUAUUUUAAAGCCCAAAAUAUGCUUUCAAUACCUGAAAUAGCUUCACAAAUCGUGAAUAAAGCUCUGUCGGAAACCAACGAUGAUAGUUCUAGAACGGUUUUUGUCGCGGGCAGCAAAUCUGUGGGAAAAUCUACAUUGCUUCACUCAUUUCUGGAGAAAAACGAAGCUCCCCGAGAAACGUUAGUCCUGGAGUACUCCUUUGGCCGGAAAUCAGUAAACAAGCAAAGCAUAGACAAGUCGAUAUGCCACGUUUGGGAGUAUGGCGGCAAGCUUGACGUUUUGAAAAACACGCUUACUUCUGUACCUGUUAGAGGAAAGUACUAUUGCUGUGUGAUGGUCGACCUUAGUAAAAUAAAGAAUAUCUGGAAUAUUUUGGAGACGUGUAUCGGAGCUGUAAAAGAGACUUACGACGGUACCGGAAUUGAGCCCGAGCUAAUCAUCAUUGGUGGAAAAUAUGAUGUAUUCAAAAAUUAUGAUAAUGAAAUUAAGAAAAUCAUAUGCACAACCAUGAGAAGCGUGUCGCUAGCGACCAACUCCCAUUUAAUAUUUUACUCAUCCAAAGAGCCUCAGUUAGUAAAAAGAGCUAGAGAUAUGUUCUACAACAUUGGAUUUGGGGCCGGUUUUCACGCUAAAGAGAAGAAUACAAAUUUUGCUAAACCCUUGGUAAUACCAAAGGGAUCAGAUUCUUGGGAAAGCAUCGGUGUGCCACAGUCUUCUAUGGAUAUGAUCAAAGCCCGGCAUCUAUCCAGGAUAGCGCCCGAGGCCGAAGUCACAGGGGACGUUACGACGGCGAGGCCGAAACUCACGCACCCCGAACCGGUGUUGGACGCCUUGGCCUCCGCCAAGUAUGAUGAGCUGCGGAGUAUGGAGUCCUUUGAUUUCUCCAUUGGCGAUUAUUUGAAGGCCUUGGAUUAGUGUGCAAGGCUACUUGAGUGGUAGCCCAAUAGACUUAAGUAAGUAAAUCAUUUUGAAAUUAGGUAGGUAUAAGUAUACGUACCUGA